AUGGCCUUCAAGCUCUACUUCUCUCCUGCAUUGCUGCUUCUGGUGUUCACUAGCCCUCUGUGGUAUGUCAGCCAGUCUGUGCCAGUGAUGAGUCAAAGACCCAUGACUGACUCCUGUAUUUCAUACGCACAAACACUUCUUCAGGACAUCACUGAAACCCUCACACAGAAAAACGUGUCUGCUGGGAUCGACUGCACAAAGCAGAGUGUGGAGAUGAACACAGAGACCAACACUGCGUCUGUGUGCAUACCAAAGGAAGCGAAAUGCUCAGGGCCCAUGAAGUCAGAAUUCGAUCAGGACUUAUGUCUGACCAACAUCAUGGAUGAUCUGCGUCACUACUACAGAAUUCUCUCUGUGCAGCCACAUCCUAACAAUUUAAUCAGCAAAAAAAUUCUGCACAGCCUCAGGAACCUCAUGGAGAAUUGCUUUAAGAUGUCCUUUCAAGUUGAUUUGGCUCUAGAGGAGGCUGCCGCAGACCAUCAGAGCAACUUUGAUGACCGGCUGACUCUCUGCAAAGUGCUGAAGGGCUUCCAUGUCCGAACCAUCACAAUCAACAGGGUCAUUUCCUACAUAAACUCAGAAGAACACACAAAUUAA